GUUUCACCUUUAUAAAUGGAUUUGUUAUCGCCAUGCAUGCAGGUGAAUCAGUGGUACUAGGAUUCCAGCAUUAUAUUAUGACUCUUGGCAUGACCGUUCUGAUUCCAACUGUGCUUGUUCCUGAAAUGGGUGGAGGCGAUGCUGAGAAGGCCAAGGUGAUACAGUGUCUAUUGUUUGUUUCUGGAGCAAGUACAUUUCUGCAAACCUGGUUCGGAACACGAUUGCCAACAGUAGUUGUUGGUUCAUUCAGUUACAUAAUACCCAUCAUGUCAAUUGUGCAUGCCAAGAGAUACAGAACAUAUACUGAUCCUUAUGAGAGGUUCACUCACACAAUUAGAGGGAUACAAGGUGCCUUGAUCGCAAGUGGAUGUUUCCAUGUAGUUAUGGGAUUCUUGGGACUUUGGAGGGGUGCUGUCAGGUUCCUUAGCCCACUUUCUGUAGUCCCUUAUGUAACUUACACUGGCAUCGGUCUCUAUCAUCUUGGAUUCCCAAUGCUGACGAACUGUGUUGAAGUGGGGCUUCCAGCACUAAUUGUUAUGGUUUUCAUCUCACAGUAUCUUAAUCCCAUUAUUAGCCCCAAGAGGCCAAUAUAUGACCGAUUUGCGGUUCUGUUUACCACUGCAAUUGUAUGGUUAUUUGCACAGCUUCUGACUUCAACCGGUGUAUAUAAUAACAAGUCAGAAAGUACUCAGAAUAGUUGCCGCACUGAUCGCUCAGGUCUUAUUAGUGGUUCCCCGUGGAUAUAUCUACCUUUUAUGCCCUUUCAAUGGGGGAGGCCUACCUUCGACCUCGGAGAAGCUUUAGCUAUGAUAGCCGCUUCCUUUGUUUCUCUUUUUGAGUCCACUGGUACAUUUUAUGCUGCGGCAAGAUAUGCAAGUGGAACACCAGUGCCACCACAUGUUAUCAGCCGUGGAACUGGCUGGGUGGGAGUGGCUACUUUUCUCAGUGGCAUUACUGGUUCUGUAACUGGGUGUACGGCAUCAGUAGAAAACGCUGGAUUAAUGGCAUUGACAAGAGCGGGAAGCCGAAGAAUCAUCCAAAUAUCAGCUGGCUUUAUGAUUUUCUUCUCUGUAUUUGGAAAAUUUGGAGCAAUUUUUGCUUCCAUACCUUUGCCAAUCAUAGCAGCACUAAACUGUGUAUUCUUCGGAUAUGUCAUUUCUGCGGGUCUUGAUUUUCUCCAGUUCUGUAACCUCAACAGUUUCAGAACCAAAUUCGUGUUGGGCUUCUCAUUCUUCCUUGGCAUCUCCAUUCCACAAUAUUUCACAGAAUACUAUCAUGUAAAGCAUCAAGUUGGAUGGCUCAAUGAUAUGAUUUGUGUGAUCUUCAUGUCGCACACGACGGUGGCAGCAUUUGUUGCAUUCGUUUUGGACAUCACACUCUCACGUGAUGAUGAAGAAGCUCGCAAGGACUGUGGUUUGCCAUGGUGGGAGAAGUUCAGUGUAUAUAGUGCUGAUCAUCGGAACGAUGAGUUCUAUAAAUUACCAUGCAAAUUGAAUGAGCUCUUCCCCGCCCUUUAAGCGGUUUCUUUAGUUAUAUACGUUUGUUUAUUUCCACAAAAUUUAUUUGUAGUUUCCCAUGACAUUAAUUGUAUUAAUUGGAAUAAUGAUGGACAAUGUGAAUAAUUUGUUUGUUA